AUGGAGCCGCUCGGCACUGAGCCGGCCGGCCUCUCCCUGCACAAAGACUUCAUCUCCAAGGAGCAGGAAGACGCCGUCCUGCGGAUCCUCCGGGAGCAGCUCGACUGGCCGGACCGCAAGGGCCGACGCUCGCUGCACUACGGCUACACCUUCAGCUACAAGACCUUCGCCAUCGACCACGACGUGCCGUACUUUCCCUUCCCCGCGUGGCUCGCGCCGCUGCUGCCGACCGGCGAGGCGCGGCCGCCGGACCAGGUGUGCGUGCAGCACUACCCGCCCGGCGCGGGCAUCCCGCCGCACGCGGACACGCACAGCGCCUUCGACCAGCUGUACGCGCUGUCGCUGGGGGCACCGGUGCUGAUGCAGUUCAGCCGCGGCGAGGAGAGGAAGGAGGUGGAUUUGGCGCCGCGGGCGAUGAUGCGGAUGGAGGGGGAGGCGCGGCUGCACUGGACGCACGGCAUCCGCGCGCGCAAGACGGACGUGUUGGCAGACGGCACGGUGCGGCCGCGGAGGGACAGGUGGAGCGUGACGUACAGAUGGCUGCGCGAGGGCGGCGUGUGCGAGUGCGGCGAUGGGAGGCUCUGCGACACGGCGCAGCGAAGGAUGGGCGUGGAGCGCGGGUACCGCUGGAAGGAGCAGGAGAAGGAGACGGAGGCGGCGGCGGCGGCGGCGCAGGAGGAGGUGAUGAGCUCGUCGGCCAAGGGGGAGGAGGACACGUGA